AUGCCUUUAGCCACGUCUGACCUCAGUCAUAGUGACAUAGUUACCGAUACGUACCUCCAUACUGUCCUUGAAACGUGCACCCAUGCACGCGAACAAUGCAUGACACUCGUCGAAGCUAUUGAAGCGACCUCAGUCGCUGAAAGCCAACAACUCCCACUGGAGGCUCAGCUCGAGCUGUCAAAGCAGCAAAAGACUCUUUAUUCAUAUCUUGGACAGCUCCGGGGGCAGAAUCGCAAUUCCAUUCUCAAAGUCAGGAAUACGAAGCAGCAGACCGCAGAAGCGCGACAAGAGAUUGACACGCUCCAUUUGCGAUUGCAGAAUCUAUACUAUGAGGAGAGGCACUUAAGAGGCGAGAUAGCGGCAUGUGAAUCAUACGACCACAAGUAUCAUCGAUUGCCACUGAUACCGGUCGAGGAUUUUCUGGCCAAGCAGCCCGAACGUGCAGAGGACGAUGAGAAAAGUCUGAUGUUUGCACGGAUUGAUCACGAGCACGCUGAAAGAGAGGCACUGGAACAAGAGCGGCAAGGCCUAUUGAAAAAGAAACAGACGCUCAUGGCGGAAAACAAGAAGAGGAAGGAUGACCUCGCGAGUCUGGAUCAAGAUUUAGAGAAAUUCAUUGAUGUAAGCUUGGAGCCUUCGGGGAUGUUUAUGGUAUAUCGAGCAGGUGAAAUUGCACAGCAGGCCUUGAUAGUCUUUCGUGAAGCAGUAUUUGACACUCGCGUUAUUAAGGCAGAGACAUCUGAGAACGAAAUUACUAUUCAUGAAGGAGAUUAUGCUGAGGACGACGUCAUCUUCCCUUUCCCCAAUCACUUGUUCCAAAGUCAAAAGGAUAAAAUCGCGGUGCUGCUCUGGAGGUGCUGCGACGACGCCAGUGCAUUCACGCACAAGCUUUUGUGCAAGCUAUUUACAGGAACCGGCCACACGCGUUACGAAGUCCAGCUCUUAGCCAAAAGAAACAAGCUUAAAUUCAGCAAAUACGCUUGUACUGGCCAACUCAAUGUUAAGAGCCACGACGAGCAUUCUGUACUCAAAAUCAGGCUUUACAAUGGAGAAGUGCUCGCUAUGGAUCUAUCAGGCCCUCAAUAUGGAUAUUUCGAUCACCCGGUAAUGCCUUGGGACGCCUACAUGAAGACACGCGUACGAGAAGUCCGACAAAUCGACAGCUCUGGUACAACGCUAGUUAGCCUCGCAAUCCAACGGCACCAAAACUCACUCCUGGGGCGACUAUUGACCGUAUUCUGCCACGUUUCCGAUACACUGUUCGAUCUACUAAGUGCAAGCUCGAUUAGGCCCUUGGAGUCUCUGGUGAAGCUGCCAAACAAAGAAUAUAGCACCGCAAGUAAGGUGAUUAUUUAUGCAGCCAAAGCACAACUCUUUCUAUACGGAAGCGACCUGGAGCGUACUAACGGACCCCACUGGUGGAAAUUCAUUGACAAGGACAUCACAAGUAUGGGUCUCGACGACUUCAUUAAUCGUGAGGUGCAAUGUGAGAUGAUCAAAGAUCUUACGUCCGUGCUUCUUUCUGGGGGUAAGAUCGACAGAAAGACCAUAUCGCGCAUCAGAAAAAACCCAGAAGGCAUGGGUAUACAGUGGGAAGGGUCAGAAAUCGAGCAGGACACAACAUAUGAAAGCCAGCUCCAGUCGCUCAUGUCCAGUCCUGGUGUCCGAAUUGUCGACUUCUCCAGACUUUAG